AUGGAUGCCAAGAAUCCCCACCUCCAGCCAACCGCUUGCUCUUCUGCCAGCGGUGGCCACGAGCAGGUCCUGCCAAUGCUUGGUAAACCAGCUGCUUGGGAUUCCAGCUCUCCUGCAAUCUUCAAUAAUUAUACUCAUCACCAGCAGCAACAACAACAUCCUCAUCAUCAUCAACUUCAAGCUCCACCUCAACAUCAUCCCUAUCAACAAUUUCAACAACAUCAACAUCCACACCAACACCUCGUCCCAGCUAUCCCGACCGCUUCUGCCACCGCUCCCUCCUCCUCCUCCUCAUCGCCUGUCCACGACGAGGCUGCCGUGCGGCCUGCUGUCGUGGAACCUCCUCCUCGCCCCGAUGUAGGCAAGAGUACCUCAUCGAAGCUUCGCAAAUCUCGCAAGGGCAACAAUGCGUCUAAUGGUCGGUCAACGCUCUUCUGGGUCCAUACGGACCCGCAAUCGGUGUCGGAAGGGACGCGCGAGGAGACGCUGAAGCGCAUCCGUUCGCACGUGAUGUCCGAGCACAAUCGCAAGAAAAGGUUGGAGAACACCAAGCGCUAUAAGAGCAAGACCUGGAAGCAUCUUGCGUUUCAGCCUGUCGAGACCGCGCCUUCCGAAUCCUCCAGCGCAGCACCGGGAUCGUCAACAGUGCCGGCUGCUUCUGAGCCCUCGCUUGCAGACGCUGCGUCUUCGACAUUCAAACAUGAACCAUCGACUUCUCCGCCGUCGGUUCCCUCUGUACAGCAGCCGCAACACCAGCAGCAGCAUCAAGACUAUGACCCAGACCAAUCCCAGAUCAAAGAGGAAGAGCAACAGUUUGAUGGUCCCGUCACAGAAGGUUCCGCUUAUUCCUCAGUCAAUGCGCCCGUUGGCGGUGUGGAGACCUACGAUUGUGGUACGUCGUCACAGCCUCAGUCAAACGGUUCUUUAGAGUCCUCUAGUGGCUCAUGGGAUGUGGUGGGACGAGGGAAGGAUCCCUUUAAUACACUACAUACACCGCUUUCCGAUCGUAUGUACCGGCAUUUGCAGCACUUCCUAUGCGAAUUGACCAGGUUGGCAUACCCACUGCAGCGCCGAUACGGACCGAGGUUACAGGCUCAUUGGGCAUCAUUGGUUCAACACGAUCCUGCAUCUUUACAUGCGUGUAUAUGCGUCGCCGCAUCCAGUGCAGCUUUGCAGUCCGGCGAAUUCCCGCUAGUUGACCCCAACAAAGCGCGGACGAGUCCAUUGAUACUGGAUACCUUUCAUCAUCGAGGGGAGACCAUCCGCCUCGUUAACGAGGGGCUAUCGGAUCCCCUCAAGGCGUCUAGUGACGAGCUUAUCGCUGCUGUAUCCAUCUUGCUGACAAUCGAGAUUGCGUCUGGAAACCCCGAUUAUUUAAAGAUCCACCUGGCAGGCUUGAGGCAGAUGGUUGCUAUGAGGAAUAGUUUCGCAGAUGUGCCUCCGGAUGUCCGAUUCCAAAUAUCAUGGACCGACAUUCGAGUGGCUUGCAUGGCCUUUACCAAACCGAUUUUCCCCUUUGUUCGCUAUGCGCGCCCUUCUGGACUCUCGAUUAUGCCACCCAGUAAAGACCAUGCGCGCACCGCAUCGCGUUUGAUUCCAUUGAUAGAGAUACCCGGUGUCUUUGGUGAUGCCAUGUCCAAAACGAUAUACGACCUGACCGAGCUUGUUUUGUAUGCGGAGUGGAUAAAGGGUGACCUGAAUACGCAAAGAUUUGACGACGAGACGGAGGAUUACUUCAACACCGAGGUGCUGUACGUCGAGUACGCCCUCCACACGGACCGGUACACGGCGACCGGUGAAGCCAAGGGAGACGCGACACUGGAAGGCUGCGUGCGACUGGCGUGCCUGCUGUUCCACAACACGACGAUCUGGGAGUUUUAUCCGCAAAUGGGACCGGUCUUCUCGAAACCCAUUGUCGGACUGCGGGUGGCGCUGGAGACGACGAUCCCAGCUGGGUACUUCAACUUGUGCCGGGAGCUACUGAUUUGGCUUCUCUUUAUCGGGGCGUGCAGCUCACGGCUUUUGUCCCGUGAGCACACGUUUUUCAUGACCGAGCUGGCGACAACCUUGCGGAGCCAGGGAUGCCGUUCCUGGCAGGAAGUGCGAGAGCUGCUGCUGGGGUACUUUUACGUGGACCGCUGCUACCUGACUCCACUGCGGGAGUUAUGGGACGAGCUCCAUAUCGAUGCCGAUACUAGUAGGUUGAACCUGUGUUAA